CGGAGUGGAGUCAGUUUUUCACUUGCUCCCAACCGGUACGGUCGCAUCUGUCUCAGAGUUGAAAACUUUACUGCUGAAUGUUGUUAUUACCGGAUGGACCACUUUUUUUCUUCCGAUACAAGAAAAAGGUGUUGCCUAGUGGUUCCUUUUUAACGCCCGAUUGUAUGCCGUGUAGAUUGUCGUAAACCGAGGUUAAAUUUCUCGAUACGGGCCGGUUCACAUGGACGGUACGAAAGGGUCUAAUCUUCGGCUCGGGUCUACUUUGCAUCUACGCACCGUGAGAUGAAACUGCGAUGAUAGUGUAAAAUUAUCGAUUCGCAAUGGUACCAAUCGUGGUUCUUUUUCGUGCCAAAUAAGCGUCACCCUGCUGCUGUGUUAUUCGAGAGAUCUAACAGUAAGCCAAAACAAGAAAGUAGUCUUCUAGCAAAUUGUAUAAAUUACAUAAUCUUCUUCUUGACGGUGCGACAGAUGAGAUAGUGUAGAGUGGAUUGCUUUGAUAAUCCGUCGGUUGCAUAAAUUGGAUUACCCGAUGGAUCCUUUGGUGAUGAACGCGAACAGGAGCUAGAGUGGGACGGAACGACAGUGUUUUGCUCCCGUGACAAAAUUUAUGGCAUGCUACAUAGUCUGGGAGAAGAGAAAGUCUCACACACGUGUAUUACUCGAUGUGUGAUAAGUGAAUCAUUGUCGAAGAUAUGCGUCAAGUGGAUUAUAAAUUGGAUCAUUGGAGUCAAUUUAACGUGUAAAAAUAUGUGCAAGUUUCAUGUCAGUGACGUGACGGGAUCCGAACCAAAGACAAGGUUCACAUCGAAUGACACCGGAAAAAUUCCAUUAGAACGAUCCACUUAAGACAAAAAAAAAACACACAUCCAAAGUCAGUGGAACAAACAGCUCAGCUGACGGUUUGCUUCGUCGAUAGUUUGGCGAAGGUCUUAUGGAAGUGAGUUUCCGUCAGUCAGCCUGGGAAUGAGUGAUUGAUGGAUCGAUGAUCCAUCUAGUAGGUGCCGAAAAGUGGAUUGGCCCGUGCACUGAGUGAAGUAUCAAUGCAGUAUGGGGAAUGGGGCGCUCUCGGUAGACAAUGUGCAAAAUCCCGUUCGAGUAGGAAAAUGAAUCGAAGUAGUCGCUGAAGCGCAAUGUGGAAAGAUUGAUGAUACAGAUCUAUACUAUUUUAUCGUAAGUCCGGUUUCUUCUCGGAAAAGAGGAAAAAAAUGUGUGGUGAAAAGCAUUAACGAUGAUAAUGAUGUCCCUUCGCUGGUGGUGCGCGUAGAAUAAAUGCCUGGGGUGACAACAGGGAAUAAGAGAAAGCAGAAUAAUAAUACGAUUAUAAAUUAAAGCUGCCAGCAGCUGUUUGUGUCAAGUGGGCAAAGGGCGCGUGCAAAGGAAUCUGACAGUUCUGGUGUUGUUAUUGCUGUGGUGUUGUGUCUGGUGAUUCCGGACGGAUGGUGCGUAGCGGCGAUGACGGAGCAAGUGUUCUGGAGAUGUUUCGAAUGAACGUUCGGCACCAACGCAGCAACUUCCGUGGAUCGAAGGUCAACAACUGAAAAUAAAAAUCCCAAUAAGUUGUCGUACCUCACGGCGUACGAGUGGUGACCGGCGCAAACCGAUUCGUUCCUACAAUAAGCAAAAAUUGGUUUCGGUAAGAUGUCUCACUUUCGGCCUGCAGCGAUUCAAAGGAUAAGCAUCAGAACGACAUGAUGCAUCGUUGGUGGCCGAAACUAGGGCAAACACAGCCCUACUACAAGUACCUAUGGCGCUGUUGGCUUCUGGUCGCUUUAGUUUUUCUACACCAGAUCUGCUAUGGACGGAUGGAGGAAAUACUUCGUCUACGGUCCAGCGAAACGGGUGCUGGAGGUGGAGGAGGAGGAGGAGGAGGAGAAGGUUACCGACAGCCUUUGCAACAGCUGGAAGAACAAGAAUUUAACUCGGCCUCGUCAAACGAGAUCGAGUGUCCGAGUUUCGCCGAGAACUCGGUUUGCCCUUGUUACAAAUUCGAGGACGGACUAUUCCUCGAGUGCCCCAGCAUCACGGUGGAAGCUUUACGAUCUACGUUGCAGCUCAUUUCGGCUCCCAUCCAGUCGCUGUCCGUGUACGAGUUCGACCGCUCGGUAAAGACGCUUACGGCAGAUCUGUUUAGUCCGACAUCAUCACACUUUGGCGCCUCGUCUGGUGCCGGUGCCAGUUCAAGUGGCAGUGCAAGUGAUGUCAACAUACGACAUCUUCAAUUCUCCCACUCUAACCUGCAGCAACUGAAGGAGCAAAGUUUGCAUAAUUUACGGACACAUCUAGAGAGCUUAAGUAUUGUAAAUGGAAAGCUGACACAAGUCCCCACGAAAGCCCUCGCCGGCAUGAAGAAGCUGAUGGUGCUGGACUUUGAGCUGAACGAAAUCAGCACACUGGAGGAGUACGCCUUCUACGGUUUGCACCUGGUCAAGCUGAACCUGAAGGGAAACCGACUGGAGCGGAUUCCGGAGAAUGGCCUGCUUGGACUGGAAGACUCACUGGCGGAGAUCGAUUUUUCCGAAAACCGCUUGAAACAAUUCCCGACGGCUGCCCUGAAGAGACUGGAAAAUCUGCGCUCGGUGCGUCUGUCGAUGAACGAGAUCAACUCGCUGGAACAGGACGACAGUUAUGCCCGGUUCGGUUCGUUAGUGUUUCUGGACUUGAGUUUGAAUAAUUUCGCCGAACUGUACAGUGAUGUGUUCAAUCCGUUUCCGUUCCUGAAGACACUGUCACUGUAUAAUAAUUUUAUUGAACUAGUACAUAGGGACAGCUUUGUGUCGUUGAAGGAGCUUCAAUCGUUAGAUUUGAGCCACAACAAGAUCGUGUUCGUGGAUGCGGAGGUUUUUGCGGCCAACAGAAAACUGCACACGGUGGACCUGAGCCACAAUCAUAUUCACUACGUUAGUGGGGUGUUUGCCAAUCUUCCACUGUUGAGGGAGAUCUUCCUGAGUGAGAACAAUAUUCUAGAGCUGACGGUUGAUUGCUUUAAUAAUUCGGCUAGUGUUAAGGUAAUUUAUUUAGAGAACAAUUCGAUCCAGCGGAUAGACGCGGACACGCUAUCGACUUUAUUCAAUCUGGAACAGCUGUAUCUGAGUGGGAAUCACAUUCAGCGCGUACCGGCCGGGUUCUUCGAAACUACUAGUAAGCUACACUCGCUAAGCUUAGAUAAUAAUAUGAUAAGUGAAUUAGACGUAAGACUGUUGCGAUGGUUACCGAAUCUGCGGGAAAUCCGGUUGAACGAUAAUCAGAUUAAACUGAUUAAGGAGCAGCUGUUUUCCGGACUGGAAAAUUUAAUGGAACUUCAUUUGCAGAACAAUGCGAUCAGAGUGAUUGAGAGAUACGCGUUCAUGCACUGUCAGCAGCUCCAGUAUAUCAAUUUGCAGGAGAAUGUGCUGGAUGAGAUCGACACUAUUUUUGCCUAUUCGACGGAUGCAACAACGCCCAACCAUCUCCAGCAGCCCCUGACGGCACGGGGAAAGCUUAUUACAACGAAAACCGGUCCUCCCAGUAACGAUCCGUCUUCGUUCGGAAAUUUAGGUUUAACGCCGGAGUCAUCCUCGUCGUCAUCGUCGUCCUUACUCACGAUCCAAUUAAAUUCCAAUUCAAUCAAGUAUCUCCACGAGCACUCGUUCCAAGGUCAAACCAGCGUGCAGACGAUUUGGUUGGAAAAUAACUUACUAAAAAGUAUCGAUAAAAUGUUAUUCUCCGAUUUGGUACACCUGGAACGGCUUUAUUUACGAAAUAAUUCACUGGCAACCAUCGAGCCGGGUGCAUUUGAUUCUCUUCGGAUGUUGAAAUAUUUGGAUCUCAGUACGAAUCGGCUAACCAGCUUGAACGAAGCACUGUUCCGCCGAACACUGGAACUGGAUGAACUCUACCUAGGUGACAAUCAUCUCGAGAAGUUAAGUACAAAUGAUUUUGCUGCUCUACAAAAGCUUCGAGUAUUGGAUUUAAACCAAAAUCAGCUGGGAAUGUUGCAGCCGAACGUUUUCCCAGCAAACUUCUCGGUCAGUGUAUUGAACCUAAAAGCUUGCGGACUAACUCGAAUCAAACCGAAUGCGUUUCUGGGAUUGAACAAUUUGAACGAAUUAAACUUGGAAGAGAAUAAUUUAAAAUCGGAAGAUGUGAAACAGAUUGAUGUAAGUUCCCUGAGAAUUUUGAAACUGUCGGCAAACAAUUUCACUGUGAUAAGAGAAAAUAUGUUGGAACGACUUCCAUCCCUGCAAACACUGGCCCUGGAUCGGUGUUCGAUUCGUGACCUACCGUUUACGUUGUUUAAUAAGAAUAACAACCUGGUGAAACUGGACCUCAGCCACAAUCAGCUGCGAACAUUGCGGAGAAACAUUUUCAAUAAUUUGAACGUGUUCAAGGAACUGCGGUUGCAUCAUAACGCCAUCAAUGAUUUCCCGCACAUAGCUCUAUUCAACGUUUCCACGCUGGAGUUACUAUCGCUGUCGAAAAAUCUACUGACCAACGUAGAUUUCUUCAAACUAAACGGUCUUCCGAACCUCCGACAGUUGGAUCUACGAGACAACAGUAUUUCCUCGCUGUCCGGCUUCAACACCGUCACGUUACCUCAUCUGGAUAUGAUAGAUCUUAGUGGAAAUCUUCUGCUAGCAUUGCCGGAGAACUUCUUCAAACAUUCGAUCACCUUACAGCGAGUCGAUCUGUCCGGUAACCGGUUCAGUCAAAUUCCGAACGCUGCUCUGUCGGAGUCAUCACUGGCCCGGCUGGCAUGGUUGAAUCUUACCGGGAAUCCACUGCAACGGAUCCAUCAGACCAUGUCUUCCGAUUCCGACCAGCGGCGCUAUCCACACUUGAAGGAACUUCACAUCAGCCAAACGAAUCUUACGAUUCUGACCAGUAAAGACUUUGACAUUUAUCCGGCAUUACAGCGACUUUACCUGCUGCAGAACCGAAUCAACCGAGUGUCUCCGGGAGCGUUCGUAACUCUGGCGAACCUGCAAAUUCUGGAUCUCAGCGUUAACGAAAUCGAGAUCUUGCCGAAAGAACGUCUCCAGGGUCUCCGUUUGCUGGAGAUACUCAACAUUUCCACCAACAAUAUCAAAGAACUGGACGAAUUUACCGACGAUUUGCAAAAGCUGAAAAUUCUGGACGUCUCCGCCAAUCAGCUGGAACGGAUCCAGAAAAACACUUUGCGCCACUUGGUUGCCCUUCAGGAGCUGUAUUUGUACGGCAACCGGAUCAUCAGCGUUUCGUCCGAUGCCUUUCGAUCGCUACUGAACCUUCGGAGGUUGGAUUUGCGCAAAAACUACUUCGAGUACGUUCCGCUGAGGGCCCUGAAACCACUGGAGACGCAUCUCAAGCAGCUGCGGAUCGAAGAAAAUCCGCUGGCCUGCUCUUGUGACACUCAGGAGUUGUGGGAGUGGCUGAGUGAUCACCGCAAGUGGACCGUUGGCUACGAUAAUGUCAAGUGUGAGCAGCCCCCGGAAGUACACGGAAAAAACUUGCUGACGAUGGAACCACAAGAGUUUUGCGACAUUCCGCUUAUACUGAAAAUUGCAAUCCAGGACAUACAGCCGUAUUCGGUUCUGGUUUCCUGGCAGAGCAGGGAGCAUUCCGGUCUUCACGGGUAUCACGUGAUAUUCCAUUCACUGGACAUGGUGGAGGAUAUCCGUGGCAGAACACUUAAUCGCUUGGCCAAUUCGGCCAAGCUGGAUCGGUUGUCGUCGAACACUCGCUAUCUGAUUUGUGUCCUUGGACUGGGAAACUGGUUGGGGCAUCAGAGUGACAUCCACAGCCUGCUGAACCAAUCAAACCAAAUCCAGAAUCAGAUUCUCAACAACAACCACGGUUACAUGAGUGAGGACAUGGACGGCACCUCAUUCUCCAAUACGCUGCUUUCGUUGAUGAUGGAUACUCCGACUUCGCGGUGCACGGAGGUACGUACUUUGGACGCGAUCGGACCCAAUCCACUGGCGGAGGUCGACGGAAUGUCCAGUCAAGGAAUCAUACAUUCAAUUUUGACCCGACGACUUGGACUGAUUGUGGGUUGUUGUUUGGGGAUCAUCGUUUUUAUAGUGCUAAUAUCGGUGUUGGGUUAUCUCAAGAUCAAGAAACAACGAGUGGAGGCCGCUAAACGGCAACAGCAACAGCAACAACCAAUGGCACCCGAGUUUAUUUCGUAUCGACAUUUUUCCAUUCCAAACGACGAACACGGUCGCGACGGAGUUGUUGCAGGAGGUGGAACUAACACUUUCCUGCAUGGUAAUCUGCAGCAGCAGCAGCAACUCCAACAUCAGACGGUUGAUGGUCAUCCCAGCUUCAUAUCCGGAGCUGUACUCGGAACAACUACAACUCUGAAUGGCGUCGGCGGGGUCGGUGAGGAUCGAAAGCACACAUUCGACAGUUGAAAGUGCUAAAGUUCGGAUGGGGUUUUGUCAAUUAGUUUUGUGUGUUUGGGAGUUUGCUGUUUCCGAGCUUGGCCAGUUCCUCCUAUUUCUAGUCACGUGAGAAUUUUUCAAAAAAAAAAGAGGGAUAAAAGUGGGAAAAUCGAAACAACGAGCAAAAUCACAUUCAAGUAACACAAAUCAAAGUAGACAUUAUUAAUAUUUAGCAGCGAAAUCAAAAGUGUUAAUAAGCAACCAAUCAUCAUAAAUCAAAAGAAAAGGAAAAAUCAAAGCAGGCGGGAAAGUUACGGACGGCACUUCCGUACUGUGUAAAUAUACAAACAGCAGGCUGGUGGGGAAAACUUUACGCUCCGAUGCGUCUCUCUCCCGAGUGAGUGAGUGAGACAGUGAGAGCCAGGCAGGGGGGUGGGGGGGUUUACGGUCAGUGAAUAAGAAUAGGUUCUACCGAAAAGAAGAAGCCGAAAGUGUUUUGAUUAAAAACGCCGACCCAGCGUGUAAAUAGAGUGAGUGAAUUUGCCGAAGGAAAAAGCAGCAAAUCUAAUAAACUCCAUGACGGGAAAGGGAAAGGGGGAUGGGUUGUUGCAACAGGUGGGGAAGGGGGCGACCGUCAACGAAUGGAAUGAUUUAUUUUGGCAGGCGAAAAUAAAUAGAUGGGAAACUUUGAUGGGAAAACAAAUAACCGGCGGUAGGUAAAUAAAUUUUAAAUUGCGAUCGCGUGCUCGCUCGACUACAGGAGGAGCAACAGAUAAUAAAGUCGAGUUUUCCGAACUGGGAACCGGGGUACCGAUAUGAGGGCAGCCGGUCGGGGUCACAGUUGGGAUUACUUUUAAUGUUUGAUUGUAUUUCAGAGGUGACAUCUGCUGAAUAGUUCAUAUUUUUAAUAGAUUUUAAUUCUGAUUGAAACCGAAAAAAGAAAGUAAACCUGAGGAUGCCAUGCACAACAUAAGCAGUGUUGCCAUAUUCACAUUUUUUUUUUCAUUCCUAGACACAGUUUUUUCUUUACCUUCGCAUCACUGGUUUUUUUAUAAUAAAUCACCGAAUUUUUCUUAGAUCAAUUAGAAAGUUUUAGGAUUUUUGUAAUUGGACCAAAUAAUUUCAUCCAAAGCGAAAAAAAAAAAAAUUUAUGGCAACUAGAAAACGUUACAACUUUCAUGAUAAACUAGCAGAAAGAAGAUAAAUAUCGCAUCGUUAGAACUUACCCAGUGCUGGUGUGCAAUGCACCUUUACACUUUGCCAGCCAAUCAAGCAACGUUGAUUAUUCAAUUUUAGUUUUUGUUUCCUUCUCGCGAGUCUCAAAAGAAGAUGAAACACAGAGCAGUUUGGUGGAGGGCUUCGAGAGGUGUGAAUUUUCGGUUUUGCUAGAUCUACUACUAUAACGAAUUCGUUGUGCGAUGAAUGGGAGAUUAUUAGGAGCAUAAUUCUGUAAAUAUUUGUUGAAGUUGUUUUCUACCGUACCUUUAUAGAUGAUGAUUGAGUUCAUUACGAGUGUUGUUUCCGAGUCUUUCGACGCGAGUCGGGUUCCUUUCGACCUCAGUCUAAUUCAAUGUAAAGCAUGGCUUACUGUGGGAAAUGAACAAGUAUAUAGUUUGUAUAUUAAGGUGAGAAAAUGAGGCACGUCAGUGGAAAACAGCAACUGAAACGUAGUAGGCGAAUUAUGAAAAUCAUUUUUUUUAACCUGGAAGAGUAAAUUUUAGAAAUUUUGAUGAAUAACUUCACCGAUUAAACCAAAACAAACAAAAAAAAACCUAGCAUCUCUAGAAUGGGAAGAGGGUUGACUUGUGAAUACAUUACUGCUGAACAGUACGUACUAAAGAAGAACGGAAUUAAUAAAUAAUAAUCAAUUAUAA